AUGACAUCGCCCGGAGAUGCUGCGCCGGUCAAACCUCCGCCGUCCUUCUCCCCCGGCGUUGCGCGAGUCGCAUCCACCUCGCCAUCGCGAUACCCCGGGGAGCAGGAACCACCCCAAUCCCUAGAUGCCGACCUAGCAGAAGCCCGGUCGGUGACCUCCCCGGGUCCUCUCUCGUCCACGAUUGCCGACUUGCCGCUACGACCUGGCUCGACACACUCGCGCUCUGGGAGAUCCUCAACCCCGCAAUUAGCAAGAUCAUCAGUCGGAUCACCUUUAGAUGGACGAUUUGAUGGCUCAGAGGAUAUUAGGUCGUUAAUCAUCCGGUCAUUUUCGCCGACUAUCGCUGUCCAUGCUUCCGAGGACACUGACGAUCUGGUGAGGAAUAAGGGGUUCAAAGGGGGGUUCUGGGAAUUGAUUCGGCCCUUUGGGGAAACGGUUCCUGGCAAGGUUGUGAUACGGGACAGUAUCGGCUCAAGUCGCGCUUGGGAAGACUAUGGAGUCCGAUUUGUCGAUUUCAAAGGGAUCGGCAGGGCCCCAACGGGCCGAGAUUCUGGGCCUCUGGCGCAGAUGGAGGAGGUGCUGUCCAAACAUUUGGACUCUUCAGAAGGCUUGCUGGGAGCCUCAGUACGGACUAGGGACGUUUUGGGCUAUCCCGCAACAACACCAUUAUGCAAGCUGUUCCUUCAACAGUUGCUAUGUUCAGCCCCCGCAGCGCCUCAUGAGACGUUUGGCCACCCAGUGGCCAAUGUGAUAGCAAUCAGCUCGCGAAAUCCGGCUCCGUUGGAAACCCUCAGACAACUAUACGCCGACACUACCACGGGCAACAAACAACCCCCCGAGUGGGUCAACCAGGAGUACCUUAGAUAUUACGUCCUGGUUCAUGAUGAGGAGCGAGAUGAUAUUACGGAAUCCACGAAGCUUUACGAUCAGAUGAAGCGGCACUUCGGGCUGCACUGCCACCUUCUGAGACUGCGGAGCAGCCAGUGUGUGGUAACAGACGAUGACAGCAUGCAAGUCCCUCAGUGUGAAUGGCUCUCGCCUUCAGAGCAUCUUUCGGGGGUAGGAGAAGCAGAAGCUUUAGUUGACCUCGGCACUGAUGGUACCCCAUACCUUUUCGAUUCCGAUGCCACUUCAAUAAGAGCAUUCAUUCGCGAGCUAGUGGUGCAGUCGGUGAUACCAUUCAUGGAAAACAAAGUGGCUGUGUGGAAUGAUCAAGUCGCCUCUCGCAGGCGUGGCAUCAGCGGCAGGUUCAUGUCCAUGUCACGACGGUGGGCCGGUUUCGGGUCAAGCUCGCGCACGAGCAUCGCAGGCUCAUCUGGAGGAAACAGUGGCAACUAUGAUUCAGUCCAGCACUUUUACGGCCCAGACUCCCCAGAGGCUGUCUUGCGAAAGAUGGCAGACUUCGCGUUCAUGCUUCGUGACUGGAAACUUUCCACAUCCACGUACGAAAUGAUACGGUCUGACUUUGGCAAUGACAAGGCUUGGAAGUACCAUGCCGGUGCCCAUGAGAUGUGUGCUGUCAGCAUGCUGUUGAACCCUCUUGCCACAUCCGCUAAGAUCAAGCUCGACAGUGUCGACCAACUGUUUGAAACUGCUUGCUACUCAUACCUCACACGUUGUUCGGACGCACCCCAUGCUCUGCGCUGUCUUUCCCUGGCGGUUGAGCUUCUCAAAUCUCGGGGUGGCUCUGCCACCGAGAGCGCCGCCAAAUGGGCCAUGCGGGUCAUGGACUUUGGUUUGGUCGGCUCAGUGGGUCAGAUCCUUUACACCGAACGAGUAGCAGCCUGUUACGCCUGCAAAACACCCCACGGUGCAGCAAAAUGGGGCGGCCGACGCAGAAAAGCUGGAAUGUGGAGCAUUCUUGCAGCUGACCAGUGGCUCAAAGCUGGAAAGCCAACCCUGGCCUCAGCGUGUCUAGAAGAAGCCGAGCGGUUAUAUGCAGAUGUGCUUCAGGCUGAUGGGGCCUUCCCGAUGCCUGAAAUGCAAAGCUUUGUUGAUAAUCUGCGUCAUGCUGUGAGAGUCGAAUACCUUGAGGCUCGGGGCUUCGACGCCAAAGGCCCACCAGCCCCAGAAGAUCCGGUGGGAACUGAGGAGACCAGCGAGAAGCUGGACAAGCGCAAUCAUCGUCGCUCUCUGAUCGGGCUUCCCAUGCAGCUAGAUGCUGGGACCCUUAACAUGACGCCCGGCCCCCGGGACACUGAGAACCCUCCUAGCGAUGAUUUUGAGCGCGCUUAA